GCCAUAUUAAAAAAGGGCCGAAGCCAGUCGAAAUGCUUUGGCGCUGUGCUCCUCUCUCGGGGCAUUACAUUUGAUUUGCUACAGACAAGCCCCAGGCGAUGGAGGCUCUUCGGCCUCAUCAGACCUGGAGCCGCAGCAACAUUGACAGCAAUUGACGUAAGUGCAACUUGCUUAAUGCCCGAUUUUCGCAUGAGGUUGAGAGACGGGCGGAAUUACGUGUGAGCAGGUGAAUUGGCGGGGGACGACGAAGGAGCUGCGGCUGAUGAUAUGGUACGGUGUUUGGAGAGCUAUGCGCGCCAGGAGGAAUGCGUCAGCAGGUGCUGCAUUUGUAGAAUAGGAGGAGGAGGAGGAGGAGGAGAAGAAGAAGAAGGCGGCGGUGGUUAGGUGCGACUGGGAGCGGAGGGAGGUCAGCAACGGUAGAAUUUGCUGAUGCCUUCCGUCGCGAAGUCGCAGGUGCUCGCGUUUCUCAAGCAGGUGCGCAAUGAAGGGGGCGUAGUGUUUGCGGGGCUUGCAGAAAAGGCCUGGUGUGAGGCUGAUGAGGAAGCCGCUGAUGCUGCAUAUGAACUAGCGUGGGAGGAGCUACACGGAGGACCUUGGAAAGACGUGUCUCUAGUAUGGCGUGAUGCGUUUUCUCUCUCUUGCUUGUCUUUGGCAUCAUGCCAUCAUCGUGCCAACCGGCCUGUGGAAGCUAUGAAAAUUUUGGAUCUUGGCGUGAUCAUGGGAGGACCACGAUUUCGUACCGAAAUUGAUACCUCACUUCACAGCAUCAGCACAGCAAUGGCCUCAACGGAGGGCACUAAGACGUCGUUUGGUUCGCACCGAGGGGGUCAUUCACAAGGAGAUUUUCCGAAUGCGCAAGACAUACAUCUGAGAAUGAUUAAAAAGGGGAAAAUGCUGCAAGAGGAUUUGAGUACUCUACCGGCGGGGUCCUUGCGGGGUGACAGGGUAAAGCAAAGAAGUUGUCCUCCUCUGGAGGAUUUCCUCCGUGAUUAUUUUCUGCCUGGAAUACCAUUGGUACUCACAGAUUCGAUCGAUCACUGGCCUGCUAUGCGAAACUGGAAUGACAUUACAUAUCUGCAAAAGGUCGCUGGUCAUCGCACGGUCCCCGUAGAGGUGGGGGAACAUUAUCUUGCUGCAGAUUGGAAACAGGAGCUUAUGACAAUUUCCGAAUUCUUAGAGAGAUCUCUUACCCACUCUGCACAAUCCACUAAUCGUCUGUAUCUUGCCCAACAUCCACUUUUUGAGCAGGUCCCAGAGCUGCAAGCAGACAUUUCUAUUCCAGAUUACUGCUCCAUAGGUGGGGGUGACCUCCAAUCCAUAAAUGCCUGGUUGGGCCCUGCUGGGACGAUUACUCCUUUACAUCACGAUCCUCAUCACAACCUUUUAGCACAGGUGGUGGGACGGAAGUAUGUAAGAUUAUACUCUCCGGAAUCCUCUCAAAAUAUCUAUCCAUACCCUGAACCGAUGCUUUGCAAUUCCAGUCAGGUUGACGUGACCAAUGUAGACUUGGUAAAAUUCCCAAACUUUGAGCACUUGAAGUUCACGGAUUGCAUUUUAGAGGAAGGGCAAAUGCUUUACAUUCCACCAAAGUGGUGGCAUUAUGUGGAGUCCCUUACCCCUAGUUUUUCUGUGAGUUUUUGGUGGGCUACUUAGGAUGAGGACUGGUGAUUAUUCUCAGCAUCUAGUCUGGUCUUGUAUGACUAGUUGGAUCACUUCAGAGUCUCUUUUGAGUGGGCGUCUUACAUGCUGGUAUGUCCUCCAUUGUUCGGAGCAUUUUGGAAAGCCUUGGAUAAAUCGGUUUGAAAGGUACAUUACAUUCUAGAUUCAAUCGCCUUUAAUUGUGAUACAAGACCUCAAAUGUUGAAAAUUUUAGUUAAUUAUAAUGAGCAUGGCUGUCAGGAUACAAAUGUAUAUUCUACCGCAUUUGGAAAACCAUCACUCGCUCAAAAGUGUCCUUUUUUUGUACA